AUGCUCGCGCCUCAACCUGACUAUGUCGCAUUCCACCCAUCAGAACGGAAGAAUCAAAGACGUCUGUUUCAUGACAACUCGAAAUUCCUCAACUGCAUCAGGUCUGGCGACGGAGAGCACUGCGAAUUUCUGAGGGCGGCGCAACAGAAGGCUACGACCACUACCUGUGCCUGUGUGAUGGCGAACGGGCAAGGUGGCCCGAACCGUGUUGGUUUGAUCAAUGUCUACGAAGAGGCUAUUAUAGCCGAGCGUCUGAAGGUAGAGAAGCGCAAGGAUGCCAUCGACGACUCCGAAGCGAUUAUACGAGUUUACGACAGCACGCGAACCAUCCUGGCAGAAGAUCCCACCUUUGAUGACAUAAAAGACAUGUGGGUGUCCCUGAUUCCUAACAAGCGACAUCAACAAGCGACAUCUUGGUACCAAUGCCAAGCCUCAACAGUGACAAUCCAUGACAAGGAUCUCCGAUGCAUCGGCCACUGUAACCCUCCAUGCAUCUCCACCAAAUUCAGCUCCCGUCCCCCGUCCGCCUUGUCCGCCCCGGUAGCCCGGUCCCCCGAUAUCGCCAGCACCCAAGACACGCAACAGCAGAUCACUUAA